CGGGAAUCAAUUUUUUAGAAAUCUCGAUUGACUAGUGUAGAAUCUACAAAACAAUCAACCUCUUAGAUUCUUCUACAUCGUAUGCAGUUACAAAUGUCCACACCAACUUAUAACUAAAAGAAUUUACCAAAAAAAAAAAAAAAGCACUUGUAACUAAAGUUUAUUAAAAACAAAUCAACCACACUAAUUAGAGGUUAGUCCACCAUCUUCUUGUUAAUGAAAAAUUAAAAGCCACUCACUCAAAUAUUGUGGAGAAGAUAAGGUGAGGAUCCCCCGGAUUCUCCACUCUGUGUUUACAACCAUAUCCUACUCCGUGGGUGGACUCCGCACAAAUCCCUCUUUAUAUCCAACGGAUGAGAUCACCGACACGUGUAACCAACCUUAUCGACGAAACGAACGACCUAUAACUACCCACGUGUCAUCAUCAUCUAAUUAUUAUCCUCUCGAUCCAACGGACCCAAACCACUCUCUCCCUCUCUUUCUCCUCCUUCUCGCCGCAACCUCCGAUUCACCGUUCGCCGUUUCCGAUGGCGGACUCCGACAACGAUUCAGGCGGCCACAAGGACGGAGGCAGCGCGUCGUCGCGUGAGCAGGACAGAUUCCUCCCGAUCGCGAACGUGAGUCGGAUAAUGAAGAAAGCGUUGCCGGCGAACGCGAAAAUCUCAAAGGACGCGAAGGAGACGGUCCAGGAGUGCGUAUCGGAGUUCAUAAGCUUCGUCACCGGAGAGGCGUCGGAUAAGUGUCAGAGAGAGAAAAGGAAGACGAUCAACGGCGACGAUCUUCUCUGGGCGAUGACGACGUUAGGGUUCGAGGACUACGUGGAGCCGUUGAAGGUUUACUUGCAGAAGUACAGGGAGGUGGAAGGGGAGAGGACGACGACGGGGAGGCAGGGGGAUAAGGAAGGUGGCGGCGGCGGAGGAAAUGGAAGCUCCGGCGGUGGCGGUGGAGUGGGAGGUGGAUAUAAUGGUGGAGGAGGUGCGACGACGGGAGGAGGGAUGUACGGUGGGAUUAUGACGAUGGGGCAUCAUCCUCAUCAAGGACACGUGUACGGUGGAGGGAUGCAUCAUACACAGCAAAGCGGGUCCGCACGUGCUGAUUAACUAAGAAAUAGAACAAAGAAACCUCCUGCACUCUCCUUAAGCACGUGCUGACUCUGUUAACUGGAAAUGGCUCUUAAGCUUAGAUUCAUCAUUAUAUGCAAUGUAAAUGUCUUCUCUUUCUCCUUGCUCUCUGCUUCUUAUUAUGUGAGCGUGUGUUGUUUGUUCAUCACUCUGUCUUUGUUUGAUUCUUCUAUGUACUUGAUCAGAGCCAUUCAUUGUGCAAAGAAUGUAACUUUUACUUAGAUU